GGGUGUGUUUAGGCAGUGACCGGGUUACACGAUGCGGGUAUGUCGUUCGCGGGGGGGCGCCGCCCGACGUCGUUUCCGCCGGGGCGGUUUUAAAAGCCCUGAGAUCGACGACAUUGUCCAUGUGUAAAAAAAUGACCGAGACGGUACGGCGGUUUAGCGGUAGUUAAAACUAUGUCGUCGGCGUUCGUGGCUAGAGUGACAUUCGAAAUGGAUUGGGUUUAGGCCCAUGCGGGUAUAUAGGAUGUCGUGGGAGUCCCUUAAUUCCCGAGAGUUUAGCAAUUACAAUUUCGCCGGUGGCGGCGGAGUGAGUCACCAGCUAUCUGCCACAAGACUCCUAUCCUCGCCCGACGGAUCCAGACAUCCCCUGGACGGCAUAGACCACGCCUGGCCAUGGCACGAUUCUUAUUCGAGUCUCCACCGCGACACCUACACAGAGGUGAGAACUCCUAGACCGCCCGUGUUUACCUUCGGCUGUUUCCAGGCCUGCCGCACCAAAAUCCACCACAGUAUUGCCAAAAGAAAGGUGGAACAAGGUUUGAAAUUGUACAACCAGCACAAGCAGACGCAGGCGGUGAGGAAAUGGAAGAGCGCGUUGAAAUCAAUCAGGAAAAGGGAAGACAAACUCAGACUCUUGGGUUACCUGUACCAAGCGUACAUGGACUGGGGAAAAUACAGAGACGCGCUGGAAUACGCCCACCGUCAGUUGUUCAUAUCGGAAGAGCUAGACAGCCCGAAUAUGCGGGCCGAAUCGUAUUUGAAUUUGGCGCGCGCGCACCAAAGGCUCGGCGGACUCGAAAGAGCGCUGGCAUACGCCCGUCACUCGCUUUACAACGAGUGCGAAUUGUGCGCAACUGCUGGUCACGUGCACCUCACCGUGGGUUCCGUCUAUCUAGAACUGGCGGGUUUCAACAAGGCGUUGGACAGUUUUCAGCACGCGCACAGAAUUGCACAAGCCGUGCACGAUCCUGCAUUGGAGUUACAGGUGUACGUUGGUUUGUCGGAAUUGUUCAGCAGGUUGCAGGACGCCGACAAAAGCGCCAAGUACGCGUCGAAAGCGUACGAUCUGUCGAGGUCGUUGCAGUUGGGAGAUUUAAACUCGAGGCACCACAGGGCCGCGCUCCUGCAAAUGGCGUCCGCGUUGCGCAAACAGGGCGAGCUGGGCGACGCGCACGACUACUGCUCGGAAGCGACCAGGCUGGCGCUGGUGUCGGGGGACCAAGCGACGUACGCGCGAAGCAUCAGGAUCAUGGGCGACAUCUACAGGAAAAAACUAGACAUCAACAAAGCGUUCCGUCAGUACGAAACGGCGAUGGGCUCGGCUGCGGCCAUGGGCGACAGGGUCAUACAAAUGGAGUCGAUGGACGGGGCCGCGAGAUGCCUCGAAGCGCUGAGACUGCAGCACAAAAUAUGCAACUGCAGACCGCUGGAGUUUAACACGCGAUUACUCGAAGUGGCCGGUUCGGUGGGUGCGAAGCUCCUCGUCCGAGCGGUCAGGUUACGCCUCUCGAAAAUCUACCACGCCCUCGGCGACGAGGACCAAAAACUACACCACGAACGGGUCGCUUUGAGGUUGCAGCAGGACCUUGACAUGCAGUGCGCGGGAUGCGGGUCCCCUUACGGUUUGGACGCCGACUCACUCGAGGCGCUCCCAUGCGCUCACAUAUUACACGCGAGAUGCGCGUACGACUUGUUCCGACGUAACAAGAAGAAGAAACGUUCCUGUCCGGAAUGCGAUAGGACGAGUUCCCGUCUGUACUUAAACUGUAACGAUUACAAUGCGAUGCAGUACAGUCCGGUACCUUUGUCGAUUUGUUCGUCGGAUAGCCAUUGCACUUCGCAUCAUGCGACUAGUUCCGUUUAAAUGAUUUUAUGCCAUUUGGAAAGUCGUUUCCAUUUAGUUUCUCAUACGCGCGAUAGUUUUUUUCGACAAUGUUAGGAUACAUUUUUACGGUAGAUAGCGUAACCGUUAUAUGUAGGCAUAAAUUUUUAUCUGUUACUAUCGUCGAGGGUAGCGGGUAACGUUUUGAGGUAGGCUACGUAAGACGCAAGAAUAAACCCGGGAAAGUAGUAGUAAAGCGAAGGCACGCGGAUAAGUGCAACUUGAAUUUGUUGCAAAUUAUACGAUACAUUUUGGUUACAACUUUAAACAGUCAACAGCGCUUCAUUCUACAUUCUCUUCCUCUGUUUACGUAUACGCAAGGAUCGGUCGCCCACAGAAAACAAUCGAAAAGCGCACGGUUUUGAAAAAUUGAUAAUAUAUUUUAAGUUGGUUAUUUGUUACAUAUUUAAUUUUUAUAUAUUUUACAUUUAACUAAAAGCUAUAAGCUUAGUAUUUAAAUCAGGAGAAAAUUUUGUAGGUUAUAUUUCUAUGGUCUCUGGUUGUGUUUUACAUUGUGACAGUUAUUGAAAAGAAGCCAACGGAGAAGAAAAAGUUGGUUUCAUAUCUGGAGGCGGUUAUUUGAUACGCGUUUAUAGAUCAUAUUUAUGUCAAAUGUAGAAAAAUCAGAGAGAAAAUUUUGUAGCGUACAUUUAGAUGCUAUUUAAUUAUGUUUUUGAUCUGUCUUGCUAACGAGUCACAUAAUUUUUGAAGAGGAACCAACUUUCAAAUCAAAAUUCCAAUUCGUGAUAAUCAAAGUGGAAGCAAUGAAUACAUUGCCCAGACCUUAUCAAAUUAUCGAUUUUCGGGACAGUUGAAAUGUUGCGCUUUUGACGUGCUUGUCAUUUGAUGGUGUCACUGCGAAAGGUGUAAUUAUAGGUUAUACUCGCUAUCGUUGCAUAAUCUCGAAAAAAAGUAGGCCCCGUUCGGUCCGUUGUCGUUUUAGGUUAACAGAGCCGAAACCUAUAUCGAUCGUAAUAUAAUAUUAGUUUGAAAGAGAAAUAAGAACUGUCAUAUUUAAACUAUACGACAUAGUUAACUAUAUUCCAGCAAAGUCUAGAUGAUGAAUUGCACUUUCAAGCGCGCACAUACGGGUAAAAAAGGUUUCCGAAAGUUUUGUUCGAUUAUUGGCGGGUGCGAGGUCGCAGAAGCAAACUGCGCGUCACCUUUGCCCCGGUCGAAAUCGAACAAAAUCCUUUAUUUCCAUUAGAUAGUCAUAUUAAAAUUAUAUAUAUACUAUAUGAAAUAUAAUUUUAACCAAACGUAAUUUAAUUAAUAAAAUCAACUGUGAACAAUCAACAGAGAUAUUAAGAGAGAAUGAUUAUUGUAAAGAUAUUAAUAUAUAGAACGUAAGGGAGAUAUUAUUAUGUCUAGAUUUUUUUAUUCUGUUCGUCGAAUUUGAAAAUAAAGAUAU